AAAAAGAAAAGUGAAGUUAUAUAAGUUGACAUUGCGGAGGUAUCCUAACCCAACUACCAAACACUCCUCCAGUCCUAGAGGCGGUGAAGCCUUAAAAUCUACAAACAGCACCGCAGCGGAGAAAGCUGCAGAAAGGAGAUUUUGAGGGUAAUCUUAAGUAAUUAAUUGGUUGAUUUAGGGGCGAAAUGGGGAACGAAGCAAAAAACACCGCCAACGUGGGAGGAGGAGGAUUCAGGGCGAGAAUGGAACACUACAUAUAUAGCGGUGAAAAGAAGCAUGUAAUGGCUGGCAUCGCCAUCGUCGCCCUCGUUUUUGGUGCCCCUUGGUUUCUCAUGAACCGAGGAACCAAGCAUCAGUCACACCAAGAUUACAUGGAGAAAGCUGACAAGGCACGGAGUCAACGACUUUCUUCUUCAAAAUAAUAGUUUAAGUUGUUCGAUCAAAUCAGAUUGUUUCCUUCAGCAGCUUUUUGAUUGUCAGAUGGAAGCUACUACUUCUCGGUAGUCCUAGAUGCAGUUGAAAACCUGGAAUGCUGGAAAAGGAAUUUGUUAGAGGUUCCGCCUUUAAUUAAUAGAACGAUCUGAUCACCUUCAAGAUCAACAUUUGUUAUAAUUUUGAUCUAUAUCGAAAGUAUUUCCCUCUAGGUGGUUGGUUUGACCGAAUUCUCUUUUCCAGGAAUAAGUAUUAUCUGUCAAACUCGAGAUUGAUUUAGCUUUAUAUCAUCAAGUGCUAUUCUUAUUUUUUAACUUUUAA